CAAUGACGGAUACUAUAUAUCGUCGCUCCGUACGAAGACUAGGACAGUUCAAAUUUUCAAACAAAAACUAGCAAAACUCACGAUUUGCCCCGAAGAGUAGCACAGUUCAGAAAUGCCGCCAAGAGUAACACAACUCACGUAUUUCCCACGAAGACUAGCACAACUCGCGAUGUAUUUUACUUAAAAUGUGAGUAAUUUACGUUUUUAUUGGAUUAGUUAAGUUCAUGAAAACCUUGGACAAAGACAGACAAACCUCAAAGUUUUAAAAAGUUUCGAAAAUUUCUAAAAAAAGGGAACAAUUUAAAUAAAUGCUUGUAAAAAAUUAUUGUAUUUGUGAAAACAAUUUUAAAUUCGGUAAAAAGUUGUAAAUUGUGAAUAUUUAAAAAUAUUCAUCAGGGACAGUUUUGCAAAAAUCGGGAAAUUUUUAUAGAAAAUCGUUGUUGAAAGUUUGAGUUGUGCUAGUCUAGCGUGCGUCAAAUGCGUUGUGCUACUUAGUGACAGGAAAUUUGAAUAAUGCUACUCUUCGUAGGGAGCGGCGGUAUAUUGUGCAACCAUCAGGGGGGGGAAAAAUUGUCUUUUACUAGCGAGGAUGAUAGUUAAUACAGUGGCAGCUAAGGCAGAAUCUAAAAUAAAAUACGUUUUCAUUAAACACCAUUGGCAAUAAAUAAUAAUAAAAAAAUUUAUUUCGUUAGAAACUUAGUUUGUAACACAUGAAUUCUUUACCUUAAUUUAAACUUUAUCCCGGCAAUACGGCAAUGAAUGAGAUCCGCGCCUGCGCGCUACGAGCUUCAGUCAGCUCAUUUCUGACAAAAUGAAUUUUACUUAUUUUGCAGUUAACUAUAGCGGAGCCGAUAAAAAUUACUAUGGAGCAGUAUUAUAUGGAUGUAGAGCAGUUUGGAGCAGUUUGAAAUAUUGUUUAUUUAAAAAGAUAUGGCUGUAUCAAAAUUAAGAUAAUUUAUUUUUUUUCCCAAAUCUUUAUUGAUAUUUCAUUAGAAAUAUAAGGUGGAGCAGUUUAAUCUGGCGAUGUUUUUAGAUAGAGCUAAUUAAAAUACAUCGGUCAGUAUUUUUAUUAUUACAAAAAAUAUACUUUUAUAGGCUGGGGUAGGGGGGUGCUGAUUUCCGCGAUGGUGACUGAUGAACAUGCCAUGUGACUAUGUGAGGUUUGAGGUUAUAAGUAUAUUAAAUUUCAUCGAUAACAUUAACUACAAAAUUUUCAACUCGUGGAAUACGAUAAUCAUGAAAAUGUCAUCAAACAUUUCAUCUACAUCACUUUGUUCAUCACUAUCAGAAUCGGUCGAUGAUAGGAUAUCAUCAAACACCUCAAUUACGUUCAUAAUGUCUUGAUAAAUAGAUCAACUUUAUACUUUAUUGCAAUAACAUUGACUUGCUCCAAAUCCGAACAAUCAGCUGUGCUAACCAUCUACUGUUUACACGCGCUGAACGUCGGGCGGUUGGUUAGCGUAGGGCUACCAACCUAACUACUAACCGAAAAUUCAUUUCCGAACAUACUCACAAUAGUGCGACAUCGCGACAUCCGACAUGUGACUUGUUGCUUUUGCGGAAGGCGCAUGCGCUAGCCGGCACAUCACCAUCACCAAUUCAUCAUUAUUCACCAGCAUGGCAGCUAUUGGCACAUCACAAGACUUUAUUCACCAUCAGUUGCAUUAUAACUAUAGACACGUUUUCUAUCCUUCUGUGACAUGAACGGUCGUGACAAUUAUAUGAAAUCACGAAUUUGCACCUAAGAGUAACGUUUGAAGUUCAGGCCAAAAUUGUACCUAUUUUGCCGUCAACAUUAUGGAUUACAUUAACGUAACUGAUCAUGAUUACUUGCAAGACUGUUUGGAUGGACCGUUUGAUUUCAUUCAAUGGACGGUAUUUCAUUGGAGAAAUAAUGUACUACAAGAAGAACGUGGAUGGCAUAAAAGAAAUGACAAAACUAAAAUUCAGGAAAACGUAUCUUUUAUUGUAGGAGAUGAUUAUGUGGAGCUAUCUAAUUCUAUCGUAGAGACAGAUCCAGAUGUUGAGCUGUUAUCUGAUGAGUUUGAUGGUAAAGCAAAGACUCUCUCUUUUUCAUGCAAAUUUAAGAUUCCUAGUAUAAAAAUAACAGGCAAAAUUACUAUAUUGAAUCCAUUGAAAUCUGAGUUUAAAUCUGAUUAUACAUUAGAAGCAAGCAGUAUUGAAGUAUCAUCUGCAGUUGGAUUUUAUAUUACGGGUGAUGGUUACUCUGAAGAUUAUUUUAAGCAUCAGUUAAAUAAGCCUAAUUUCUCUCUCACAUACGUUGAAGAUAAAAAAAACAUUUCUCUUUUAGAUCAAGUUACUGAUGAAUGUACAAAAUCCAUAAUUGAAAAGUAUAUUCUUGAUCAUUGCCUAAAAGAUGUAUUUGUUGCAAUGCAAACUGUACUUUUACAACAUAUGUAUGAUAAAGCACUUUGUAGCAAUACAGUUGGAGCUGACUACAGUUUGAGAAAUAAGUAUCGAAUUCAUGAGAAGAAAUUGAAAGCAGCUUUCAACAUCUUUGUUGAUAAAGUUGUAGAGGUCACCAAUAAAGUAAUUGAGAAAGAUUUGCCAAGAAUAUCUUUUCCUAAAAUAUUCAAAGUUUCGAAAAGCAAUAAUACAGCAACUGUACACAUUUUAAAGGGCAUUCUGAGUAAUAUGAACUGUUUGAAAAAAGAAAAAACUCCUAUCAUUCUAGUAAAAAAGGAUGAUCAGGUGGUAUUAUACAUGCCAGUAGAUUUUAACAAUUUACAGAUUAAAUAUUAUGACGGAGAUGUUGAAAAGAAAGAAAAUCUCAAAACUAUGGAUACUCAUUUUGAAAUAUCAUUAAAAAAGUUGAAUGAGAAAACAGUAGAUAUUAACUUUUUAAAUUGCAAAGUGAAAGAAUUAAAAUUAACAAAUUCAGAGCAAAAUUUGAUCUUUGACAUACAAUCCCUGGUUUCUGUUCAAAAAAAGCUAGAAGAAUACUUAAGGAUAGCUCUGAAAAAUUCAGAACUAAACGAUUUCGCUAUUAAUCCACCAAAUAUGGAAAUAACGUAUGAUUCAGAUGAUUUUAUGGGUGAAGAGUCCGCCGAUGAUGAUGAGGACUCAAGUUGAUUUAAUGAGUUAUGAAUUGCAUAGAUAAACUUUAAGUACAAAUUAUGCACUUCUUUACAAUGCUCUUUAUAUUCUUUUUCCAUACAUACUAAAUAAUAUUUUUCAACUAUAUUAUACACAUGUAAAGAGUGCUUUAUACUUAUACAUGAAUUAAAUAUUUUAUAAUGUAAAUGUUAUCGAAGUCAUGUAUGGAUAGUUUUAUGUAUGGAAUGAGACUGUUUGUAAUAUUUUUUUCAGAAACAUAAAUUUUUAGUUACGCUUAUGCAUAAGUAACAUGAGUAUUCAUAAAAAAUUGAAUAAGAUAUCAAAAGACUUGGCUCGAACAUAAUUAAAUAUGCAAAUAACUAUAUUUAUAUAUUUUUAUUAAUACGAAAUAAAUAUUAAAAAGAACUUUUUCAACAA